CCUACCAUUGGCUGGGCGUUGCGACGCUGGCGACGGGAGCGCGCACGCCGGUGGCAGAGGGGCCGGGCCGCCCGCCGCCGCCGCAGCAGCAUCGCCGCCGCCCGUCGGCUGUCAGGGCGGCCGCAGGAGGAGGAGCCGCCGCCGUCGCCCGGCCGCCGCGUUAGGACCUGUCUCAUGGCCGGCAGCCCCGGGCCGCUUCCCCUGCCGCUGGCCCGUUCCGGCAGCGCCUCCGAUUCGCCCGGCUCCAGGUGCGCGCCUCAGUCUGCCGACCGCUACCCGGGGAGCGCGCGCGGUCAGACAGGCCCUGGGGGCACGCGAGAGCACGGGGACCGGGAUCCAGGGAACGCGCGCGAUGACCAGCCCGCGGAGAACGAGCACGACCGGCGCCCCAGGAGCGUACACGGCGAUCGGCCUCUGGAGCGCGUGCACGAACAACGCCCCGGGUUCGUGCACGAUGAUCGUCGACCCGGGAGUGAGCGAGUCGACGAGCAUCCGGGGAGCGGGCGCGAUGAGAAGCGACCCAGGAGCGUGCACGAGGAUCAGCGCACCCCCGCGAGCGGGCAUGGUGACGAGCGUCCCGGGAGUGUGCACGAGCCCGCUGAGCAGUGCCAAGUGGUACCGGGGUCUGUGCCUGAUAUACAACUGCCUCCCUCCCUUUCUGCUGACCCCUCCCCUCAGGCUGCGGACACUGACCCCUCCCCUCCAAAAGUCUCUGACCCCCCUGUGGACAUCAACCCUGCCCCACUAGCCCCCCUUCCGCCCUCUCCUCGGCACCAGUUUCAAGCCCGGUUCCAGCCGGAUGCCCUGUCCGUGGCGGACUCUGUGUGUGGGGGACUGGAUUCGGUCUCGCUCUAUGGCACGGUGGAAUCCCUGUUGCCCGAGGAUGCCAGCUCGCUGGGUUCAGACUCCGAAGUCAACGGCAGCACCGCCUCUGGCCGCCGGACCGACAAAUACGGCUUUCUGGGCGGUGCCCAGUUCAGCUGUGGACUGGAAAGCGCGAUCGCUGUGGAUGUGGCCCGGAUGCGGGAGAUGAAGUGGCUGGAAAUGUUGAAUCGCUGGGACAAGUGGGUGGCCCAAAGGUUUGACAAGGUGAAAUUGAGGUGCCGGAAGGGCAUUCCCUCCUCGCUUCGGGCUCGGGCCUGGCAGGAACUGUCCCGCAGCAAGCAGCUGAUGGACCAGAAUCCUGGCAAGUUCGAGGAACUGGACCGGCAGCUGGGAGACCCCAAGUGGCUGGACAUCAUUGAGAAGGAUUUGCACAGACAGUUUCCAUUCCAUGAGAUGUUUGCACUCCGCGGGGGACACGGGCAGCAGGACCUGUACCGCAUCCUCAAAGCUUACACUGUGUACCAACCGGACGAGGGUUACUGCCAGGCACAGGCGCCUGUUGCUGCAGUCCUACUCAUGCAUAUGCCUGCCGAGCAAGCCUUCUGGUGCCUGGUACAGAUCUGUGAGAAGUAUCUACCGGGAUACUACAGCGCGGGGCUGGAGGCGAUCCAGUUGGAUGGAGAGGUUCUGUCUGCCCUCCUACGCCGGGUUUCACCCCUCGCUUACCGCCACCUCAAGAAGCACAAGAUUGACCCCAUCCUCUACAUGACAGAGUGGUUCAUGUGCAUUUUCGCCCGCACUUUGCCCUGGUCGUCUGUGCUCCGUGUGUGGGACAUGUUCUUCUGUGACGGAGUGAAGAUAAUCUUCAAGGUGGGCCUGGUACUGCUGAAGCAUCUGUUGGGCUCAGCAGACAAGUUACGCGAUUGCCAGGGCAUGUAUGAGACCAUGGAGAAGCUGAGGAAUGCACCGGGCCACUCAAUGCAUGAGGACAUCCUGGUCCACGAGGUCGUCUCGCUGAAAGUUCCCGAGUCCCUGAUAGAGCGUGAGCACCGAUCGCAGCGGCAGCGCUGGUCAGCUGAGCGGGGAGAACUGCGUCACCCCCACAGCCGCCGUCUGUACGGGGCGCGGGCUCUGAGGGAGGAGGAGACCCGUCUGAACCCCCCCCUCUCGUCCGCCAGCCCCAGUCUGCUCAGCCUGACCGCCAGCCUGGUCAGUCUCCGCCGCCACAGGGAGCCCCCUCGUCCUUCCUCCCCUACCCCCACACAGCUCUCCCAGUCCCUGGUGGUCUCUGAGGGUCUGCGCCCAAGCCUACCCUCGCCGGCCUCCAGCCCUCCUGCCCCUUUUGGGCAGGGAAAGGCGGAGGGAGGGGGGAAGGAGGGGGAGUCGAAGAAGGAGAGGAAGGAACGGGAACGGGAAGAGCGGAGAGAGCGUAAGGAGAGGGAGAAGGAGGAGAAGGAGCGAGAGCGGAGGGAGAGGCAGCAGCAGAAGAACAAGAAGAAAAAGCAACCUGCCCCCUCAUCUCCCUUGCCCACCACUCCCUCCAAGGGUCCCCUCCGCACGGCCAUGGGGGAGAACGGGGCCAGCCAGGGAGGUGGGGGGGCGGCUGAGGGCAGCCUGAGGGACCGGUACUUUUGAGGGGGUUGGAAGAGGGAGGAGGGGUGAGGGAGACGGGGUAGGAUGGGGACAGAAUCCCUCUGCUCUCAUCACUUCUUCCCAUCCCCUCUCCUCUUCCAUCUGUCUUCUUCCCUCUAUCUCCCUCCCUCUCAAUUUCUCUGUUCCCUUCUCUCCCCUUCCCCCUCUCUCCUCCCCUGCUCCGCCCCUUCACCUCCAAUUCUCUCCCCUGCUCUCACAUUCCUUCCCCUCCCUUUCUCUCUCCCCCCCAAUCACUUCAGAGUAGGUGGGGCAGAAGACUCUAAGACUGUUUCCACUUCUCCGUCCCUUCCUGCUAUGCCUUAAACCCCCCCCCCCCCCCACCUUCCACCCAUCUGGUGCCUAAAGGCAGUGGGGAACACUGAGAGACCCUCUUGCCCCUCCCUCUCUUUUCCCACCACCCACAUAGAAUCUCCCCCCCCAUCCGAUUUCUAAUGCCCCCUUACCCUUCCCUCUACAUCCCCCUCCCCGAAGAGAAAUUUGGGCCGUUUCUGGUGGUGGGGGGUGGGAUUUCCAACCUCCUUCUCCUCACCCCUACACCCUUUCCUCCUCCCUCCUCCCUGCCCUGCCGCCCCUCCCCUUCAGUGUCCUCCGUGCUUCUCCCGUGAGGCUGAAGGGGGAGUGUUGCAAGCUGAGAAUGCAGCACCCCUGUCCCCCUGACUCCCCCACCCAUGGCCCCCGUCGUGGACCAACACAGCUGAGAGCCCUAUAAAUGUAUAUAAAUAACGCUGUAUUUAAUGCCAUACCUCGGGAUAACCUUAUUUAAGCUGGACUCACACUGGAAGAAAACCCCGUUGCCAAAAGCUCGAGAGAGAAACUCCGCUCAUCGCCUGGCUAAUGUUUACAUUUUGUCUGUCUUGUGUUCAGUGGCCACCUGUUUGAGACUCUGAGGUGCAGAGGAAGUAUUGUCUGAAUAAUUAAUAUAAUUACCUAAUCCCA